AUGGCGAUGGACGCGAUUACUAGCGUGAAAAACUACCUGGAAAAGAUAAUUUCGGACCCGCAACUCGAUGGGAUGAAGGCGCUUCUACUGGAUGCCGAAACCAAAAGCGUUAUCAGUAUGGUCAUGUCCCAGUCGCAUAUUCUUCAGCGAGAAGUGUUCCUCGUGGAGCAGUUGGACGCUGCGCACGAGCCCAUGCUGCAUCUCAAGGCCGCGGUCUUUGUGCGGCCCACAGCGCGUAACAUCGAGCUGCUGAGAAAAGAGCUCAAAUCCCCCAAAUAUGGAAAUUAUCAUCUUUUCUUCUCUAAUAUUUUGCCAGUCGAGUCGCUCGAGAAACUCGCGGACGCCGACGAAAAGGAAGUCGUGGUGCAAAUUCAAGAAUAUUACGCCGACUAUCUGGCAGUAAAUGACUCUCUUUUUGACUUUGGUCUGCAGAAUACCAUUCAACUAAGUGUCAAAAUGCCGGUGACAUUGCCCGGAGGAGCUCUAUUAUCUACUGCAACAGCUGGAGUUCUUAUCCCAGACCCAAUUGAUAAGACCACCAUGACGUCUCCGCAGCUAUUUCAGCGAAGUGUUGAAGGGUUGCUGUCUGUUCUUCUUUCAAUGAAAAAGAGGCCGACAAUACGUUAUGUCAAAGGAUCAGAAGUAGCCGAGAAGUUAGCACGUGAGGUCUCGGCAAGGAUGCAACUUGAGCAGGAUGGAUUGUUUGAUUUUCGACGACCGGAGGUGACGCCACUUCUUUAUGUUAUGGAUCGAAAAGAUGACCCUGUGACCCCGUUGCUGACUCAGUGGUGCUAUCAAGGUAUGGUGCAUGAACUGCUUGGACUGCACGAAAAUCGCGUGGAUCUUUGCGACGCACCGAAUGUGCGGAAAGAUAUGAUGGAGCUUGUGCUAUCAACAACUUCAGACAAUUUUUUUGCACAGCAUGUGCAUGCAAACUUUGGUGAUCUUGGUAUGGCUGUAAAGCAGCUUGUAGACAAAUAUCAGACACAAACUCAAACUCACGAGAAUAUUCAGUCUAUUGAUGACAUGCAGCGUUUUCUGGAAAAUUACCCAGCCUUUAGAUCACAGUCAGUCACUGUUUCAAAGCAUGUGACGCUGAUGGGUGAACUGGCACGUCGUGUUGAAGUGGAUGGACUCAUGGACGUCAGUCAACUGGAACAGGAGCUCGCAUGUGGAGAUGACCACAACACGCAUUUCCGCGACGUGGUGGCGAAACUUAAAGACGCGCGAGUUAAACCAUUGAACAAACUGCGCUUAGCAAUAUUAUAUGCUUUGCGAUACGAAUCACAUAGCUCUGUGCAACUCAAGUCAAUCAAAGAGUUGCUUGUCGCUCCUCAGGAAGGUGGAUUGUCUAUUAAUUGUGUGGCUUUGAUCGAUGCCUUUCUCAAGUUUGGAGGUCAGAAAUCCCGCCAGGGUGACUUGUAUGGUGAUCGCGCUGGCCUGAAAAAGUUCAUGCGUGCUGUUACUCAGGGUGUACAAGGUGUUCCGAAUGUAUAUGCUCAGCACGUGCCUCCACUAGCUAAAAAGCUAGAACUUAUCUUAAAAGGCCAACUGCUGGAUCAAGAAUUUGGCGUUGUAAAUGGAGGUGCAACCUCAAUAACGUCAACUGAUCCUGGCGGUCCUAGCGGUCUCAAGCGGGUGCGUGACGUUAUUGUAUUCGUAUGCGGCGGCGUCACGUUUGAGGAAGCGAUGAAGGUGGCCGAGUUGAAUAAAAAAGCAGCUGCGUCAAAUUCAGGUCAGCGCGUUCUACUUGGUGGAUCGUGCAUCCAGAACUCGACAAGCUUUAUUGAGGAGGUAGCUAUGGCGUACAACUUAGCACCUCUUCAUAGACAUGGCAGUGCAAAGGCUCCGUGGCGAUACGAUGGAAAAAAUCUUUGA